AAGAAGCAUAACAAAAACAAAAACUAAAUAGUGAUCACUGCAAAGAAACUGACGGAUCAAAAACUACUUGUUUACAUCUUACCGUUUUGUUCUGUUGGAGAAAUCAAGAGCUCUCUACGUUUAUUUCAUCUUAAAUUUGCAAAUUCCAAAUGGCUGACUACGAAAAUGUAAAGAGGAAGAAACUCCUCUUCAAGGGUGAGAAAAAAUCUAAGAAGCGAAAGCACAAGAAGGAAAAAAAAGACACCGAAGAGGCCCGAGAGGUUGUUGACGAGGAUGCCAUCCAGCACGGUGGCUGGAUACAUUGCAAGAGCACAGAUCUAAUUACUGGAUCAAUAGCUAUUGAGUUUGGUAACCAAACAUAUAUCAAAGCUCUUGACAAUGGUCUCUUUACCCUGGGUGCUCCCCACGACCACGGCGAAGGACCAUCACCAGAAGAAAUUCUUACAGCUUUUCCAGUCAACGAAACAAAGGUAGCAAUCAAAUCGGGCUAUGGUAAGUACUUGAGAGUUGGCCCUGAUGGAGCUGUAACAGGACGUUCAGAUGCUGUAGGUCCAAUGGAGCAGUGGGAGCCUGUGUUUGAAGAUGGGAAAAUGGCAUUACUCAGCUCUACAGGCUGCUUUAUGGCAGUAGACCCAGAAAAUGACGAUGUAGUUGCAUCAAAUCGUAAAGUUGGACCAAAUGAAAUUUUAAGAGUGAGGUCCAGUGCUCCUCAGGACACAACAGGAGAAGACGAAGGCCCUUCAGAAGAAAAGGGAAACAUCCAUGAAGUUGAAGAAAAUUAUGUGCGUAAAUUUCAAAAGUUUCAGGAUAAAAAACUAAGGAUUGACACAACAGACAGAACUGUGUUGAAAAGAGCAAGGGAUGAAGGUGCACUUCAUGAGGCUCUUCUUGACCGAAGAAGUAAAAUGAAGGCUGACAGAUAUUGUAAAUAAUGUAACCGUAUGAAACUUAUCAACAAAUAAAGAAUAUUAUUAAACUUA